AAAAAAAAAAAAAAUUCAAUACUUUGAACUGAAUCAACAAAAAGCAUUGUAGAUACAAGUUGUUAUACUACACAUAGUCGAGAAAGCUCAUUUUUUAUUUGGAAUAGCGACUAUAGAGCAAGAUGUUGAGAACUCACAUAGCGAAGAACAUCAGGGUGCAACAAAGACCAGUUGUAUUUGGAGCCAGACUUCUCCAUUACACCCAAACCAGAAACAAUGAGGGACCUCCACAAUCACCAAUGAAGGUAUUUUUCGAUACUUUCAGAGCUGAAGUGAAGAAGUCAUCUGAAUUGAAGGAAAACAUCAAGGCCUUGCAAGACGAGACCGGUAGAGUUGCAGACUCUGAAGCAUUCAGAAAGGCCAAGGAAGCCUUUGAUAAGGCCCAAAAGGGUAGUUCUGCUGCUGGUAAGGUUGUCAAGAAGACUGCUGACGUUGUUGGAGGAGCCGCUGUUAAGGCCUGGGACUCUCCUGUAGGUAAAGGUGUGAGAACCACGGUCAGAACCAGUGCCGAAGUAGCCGACAAGGCCUUUGAACCUGUAAGAAAGACUCAAGUGUAUAAAGAUGUUUCUGAAGUUAUUGAUGAUGGAUCCUCCACUGCAUACGGUGGGUUCUUAACCAAGGAACAAAGAAUCAAGUUGAGAGCAAAGGAAGUUGAAGAAAAAUUGAAGAGAGGAGCAUUCAUGAAGCCAGUUAAGGAAAAUGAAGAAGCUGGUGGCGCUCUUAUUGCCACUGAACACAAGGCUACUGGUCCAAGUGUAGGAGAAAAAUGGGAAGAUUUCAAGGUUAAGACUCCAGUAGGACGUGGUAUUGCCACCAUGAGAGAAAAAUGGGAUGAAUCUGAAAAUGGUUUGAUUGCCCUUGUAAGAACCAUCAUUGAAAAAGUGACAGGAUUCUUUGCUGAAACUGAACAAGCCAAGGUUGUUAAGCAAUUUAGAAUGAUGGACCCAUCUUUCAGAUUGACUGAUUUCCAAAAGACCUUGACCAACUACAUUGUUCCAGAAUUAUUGGACGCUUACAUCAAGAAUGAAGAUAAGGUUUUGAAAGAAUGGUUAAGUGAAGCUCCAUUCAAUGUAUGGCACGCAAACAACAAGCAAUUUGUUGAAAAGGGAUUGUUCUCUGAUGGUAGAAUCUUGGACAUUAGAGGUAUUGAAGUUGUCACUUGUAAACUCUUGCAACCAAACGACACUCCUGUCAUGGUUGUGAGUUGUCGUGCUCAAGAAAUCCAUUUAUACAGAGAUGGUAAGACUGGAGAUAUUGCUGCUGGUACUGAAGAUAACAUUCAAUUGAGUACCUAUGCCAUGGUAUUGACCAGAAUCCCAGAAGAAUUCGACAACAAGACCACCGAAGGUUGGAAGGUUCUUGAGUUUGCUCGUGGUGGUUCUAGACCAUUCCAUUAAAGGGACACAGUGGAAGUGAUGGAGUGAAUGAUAUAGAGAAGGAGAUACAGAAUGAUCA